AUGGAUGCCGACAUAGAGGCCGGCUCGUCCGCCGCGCAGGCUUUGCGGGAGUCUUUCGGUGAUCGUAAACCCAUCGACAUCAGCCGAAAAAUUACUGCCUGUGUAGCCUGCCGGAAACAGAAAAUCAAAUGUCACAUGACAGACGGCACACCACCAUGCACGCGAUGUAGGAAGAGGGGAUUGUCAUGCGUGGUAAAUCGAAGUUUGCAGAUGAUCUUGGAGGGCGACGUGGCCUGGAAGGCCAACAUUGAGCAGAAGCUACGACAACUCGAGGAUGAUAUCGGCAGACUCAACCAACAAUGCAAUGUUUCCGCAUCAAAUAGUUCGACAUACGUUAGUCCUCAGGAAAAUAGUACUCCGGCUCAAAUACAGGGAGCUUCGGGGGGAGUCAUGCCCGCCCCGACACAGCACCAGCAUCGACAGGAGAAGCAACAAAACGAGUCAAGCUGGGAAGUUGUGAUGGACUUGAACAGAGGUCCCGGUGUCGUGCCUGCAUCGGUUGUCUCUGAGGUUUCUGACGCUUCGCCCAGUGUCUUCCGAAGUCAAAUGGCUGGUGAAUUCGACAUUAUAGAUUGCGGGGUUAUCAGCAUGGUCGACGCCGAAUCCUUCUUUACGCUAUAUUAUCAGCGCCUGGAUCACUUCCUCUACAGAAUCUUGGACGAGCAUGAUUCAUUGGCAAGUGUCAGGAAGAGCUCGCCUCUUCUGACUGCCGCAAUCUGUGCCGUCGGAGCCCUUCAUACACCCUCUUCGCACUAUCAAGCAUGCUACCAACACUUUGUCAAUUUGGCGUCGACAAGAAUGUUCUCAAAGAGAAACAAUCACGACGAUGUGAGGGCUCUUUGUAUCGGCGCUUUCUGGCUAAGUGAUAUUUCAUGGACAUUGGUUGGCACAGCCGCCCGUCUUGCUGGAGAACUGAACUUACAUCGAUGCAUACCUAAAGCCCCGCAUGAGAAAAAGGCUUGCUACCUCCGCACUCGUCUUUACUAUCUCGUCUUUGUUUGCGAUCAUCAUUUCUCAAUUACGUACGGGAGACCACCGCUGACCCGCGACUUCGGCUCAGUCACUCCGCCAAGUGAAUUUUUGAAAUCCGAGUUUGCCACCGAGGAAGACGCUCGACUUGUCAGUCAGGUCGAAGUCUGGACUAUCACCACUCGUGUCUUUGACCAAUUUAGCCUUGACCCAGAAGCUCAUUUGUCCGAGCAAUUAACCCCUCACAUUCGCCGACUGAGUAUCGCCCUGGACACGUGGAGAGCAGACUGGCAGGAACGCUUCGGGUACAACUCUUGUGUCGGAAACUACCCACGGAAAGGAGUAGGCUUACAUUACCAUUUUGCAAAGCUAUAUCUAUGUUCCCACGUAUUCCGACGGGCACCUUCACCAAAUGAUGAACAAGUCCAACUUGACUCUGACCUGGAAGAAUUUGCGAACAUGGCCAUUCAUUCUGCAACAUCAAUCCUAGCUGUCAUUGUCGCAGAUCAGGAGAUACAAUCCUAUAUACAAGGAUUGCCUGCGUACUUCGACACUAUGAUUGCAUUUGCUUUUAUCUUCCUAUUAAAAGUCACCAUCAAGAACCCAUUGAGCCUUAGAAUCGACAAAGAACCCAUCAUGGAGACUCUGGAUAGCUUGGUAAAAGUACUAAAGAAUAUUACAGCAAGCAUGCACCCUCGGCAUUUGUUGACUAGCAUUGCAAGCAGCAUGCAGAAGCUUCUGGAGUGUUUCUCACAGCGGCCUCCCAUACCUGAAGGAGACAUAUCAUCACAGCCUGUGGCUCCUGGUGGCCCAUCUGUUUCCUUCGACCCAGAUGCCCAAUGGUUGAGUCCGACGGAUGCGAUGUUUCUUGAGAAUUACGACUUUUUCUACUCUCCUGGUGCGGAAUUCAACUUCGACCUAGACUUGAACUCAAUGCAGACACAUUGA